GACUGGAGAGUGUUAUGAUAGAGGCCACACCUGCCUGAUCUGUGUCGUCGUCGAAUCUAAUUGUUAAUCAACUCAUAAAUGUGAUCAGCGCGCCAAAUUUGCGCCAAAUGUGAUGAUCUCCGGGAUCCCGAAAGGUCGGCAAGCCCUUAUGUUCUUUAUACAAUUAGUUUCUCCUCUGAUCUGCAUCUGCAUCACCAUUAGAUUCCAUUUACUCCGUAGGGAGACGAGACCAUAUAUAUUUCCUUUCCGCAGAACAAGCAGAAACGGACAAUCAUUCUACGCAUUCAUGACAUUGUCUCCGCUCCUAAUUUUCCCUCUUCUUCUGUUGCCCCAGAGUCUCUUGAUGGCACCUGUCCCACCUUGCACAAGAAUAUGGGGCACUUCGCCCGUUGCUGAGUUCUGAACUUGUAUGGCCCUGCGGUGGCUAAUGAUCUUCGUGUCUUUGGUGUAUCUCUUGCUAUCGCUUUAGCAGCUACGCAAGC